AUGCACCAUCUCUCCAACCUCAAAUGCAAUGCUACUGGCCUGGCGCCCGAGCACUCCAUGGUUUUGCCUGAGCGCGAAGUGACCGAUAACGAGCGUCCAAUUAUGAACAUGCUUGACGAGCUGUACACUCAAUUUGACGAGCAGCGAACGUCAAUCUUUGCGCCGGACGUGAUGUAUACCAUGCCAAAUGGCAACGUGAUUGUCGGCAGGGCGCAGGUUGUACAGAAGCUACGUGAGCGUGCAGUUAUGCACCCUGGUCGUACCGUAAGCCAGCGACUUCUGCAGACACCCGAGUCGCUGCCUGUGUAUGCUAUGGUUGUCGACCAGGUCGUAUCUUGCGAGAAUGAAGCGCAACUGACCAGCGGACGGAAUCUGCUUGUGCUCAAGCGCCGUGUGCAGGACGGGCUGGUGACAAGUAUUACUGAGGAGGAGGGGCACAGGAAGGCUACCGUGCCCCUUGCUGCACGCGCCGGAAUGGCUAAUGUAUUCUGCUCGCCGACCGACAAGAUGGUGUCGCCAUGCACGUCGAAGCUGAAUCUUACCAAAAAGCGGCACUAUAUGAAGGCUAAGCCAACGAAUCUGUUUGCAAGCAUGACCAGCACACAGAGCAGUUUCUGA